UGACCUAUGACUUAUGCCAAUACGAUCCUCUCUAUUCAGUGUAAGCGGAAGUGAACAGCGACAACAAACAAUUUCCAAGUUAGCAUCGUCAUUUAGACGUUUAUUAACACCCUGGACCUCAAAAUAUGACCAAUCGAACCGUACAGCAUAGCAUACUUACCUCAGGUAGUAUUUAAUUUGCGUUGGAGACAGGACUUGGGGUUGAUAGAUGUUAUCUAGGUAACGCUGCUAACGUUGGCUAAUUGUAACCGUAACGUUAUGAUUUUUCACACUCAAAUAGCCUCCAUUGUGGAGGUGCUAGCGAAUGCAGCCGUGGCAGAGAUCUGUAAACUAGUAGACGACGACUAUGCAGUGUUUCGUUUGGAAAUAAGUCAAAGCCAGAAAGAAAACGGCGCAUUGAGGAGGAAACUUCAGCUACUGGAACUGAAGGUGUCACGGGAGCGCGCAGAGAGGACAAUGCGAGAGCGCAUCAUCGCCAGUCGUCCCAGAAGUGUCAAGAUCCUCGACCGAUAUAGAGGAAUGGCAAGAGGUGAAGGACAUCUCACUGGACGCUACAGGAGCUUCGGGAAGCCAGCGGGACACAAUACAUGGAGAGAUGACCAACCAAUCACCUUUGAUGAGGGGAGAGGAACCUCAACCCAGCACAUCAUCACGAUAGAGUCAGCAGAUGUUGUGGCGGCAGGUUCUGGAGGAUCGUCUCUGGUCAAGCAGGAGAGGACUGAAGGGGAGGACCCACAACACAGCAGAGACAUCCAGACUGGAGAAGCGGCUGUAGUUGCACCCCUUGUUACCACGGAGGACCAAGUGACCGCGGUGCAGCCCAGGACCCGACGCAUCAUCACGGAGGUCAAUGGAACGCUGAACGCCGUCGUCAAGUCAGAGACCGACACAGAGACUUUAACUGUAACACAAAGGCUCUUACACACAGGAUCUGACCACAGAUCAGACCCAGAGAGACUGGGGCUGAGGCCACUGGGCUGUCCUCCGGCUCCCAGUUCAGAGUAUUCACUUUACGGUAACCCAAAUCCGAGGAUGGUUCAUUCCCAUCGGGACUCAGGUGACGCAUUAGAGACUGGCAGUGAUCCGUCUUGUUCUUACGCUACAGAGAUGGAACCUGGCAACAUGCCCUUGGGUUUAGAGACACAGACUGAUCUGUCUAGAGGGGACUGGAACCGGUACAGUAGUCGUGUACACUCUGAAGGGUGCCUAGAUAAGAAAGGAGAGGGUCUGGUUGUAGAUGAAGUGAUUGUGAAAGUGGAGGGCGAAGUUCCUCCCACAUGGAAUGCAGAUAGUCACCUAGGAGACGGACACUCACAGGGAAGAGAUUUCUUAGAUUACAGGGAAUGCUUAGAAACGAAUCCAAAUGUCACAACCCACUCCCCUUUACUCGCGCUUAGAGAUCGUGACCUCGUGUCCACAUCGAUGGGGCCUUCCGAUUCACACAACUGCCUUUUUGAUCAGGUAUUGAACUCAAAUGACAGGGCUACAGCCCAGGCUCAGGGAGGGGCAGCCACAUCAGGCAAUGUUAAAGAGAAACGGUUCCUCUGCAUGUUCUGUAACAAAGGCUUCAGCUGCCCCCAGAAAGUGAAGAUCCACCAGAGGAUCCACACAGGGGAGAAACGCUUCAGGUGUACCCAGUGUCAUAUGCGCUUCGUCCAGGCUGGUGACCUGAAGAGGCACCAGAGGGUCCACACAGGGGUGAAACCCUUCAGCUGUACCCAGUGUAAUAUGCGCUUCGCCCAGGCUGGCCACCUGAAGAGGCACCAGAGGGUCCACACAGGGGAGAAACCCUAUAGCUGUCCCCACUGUGAGAAGAGAUUCUCCCGACAGGACCAGCUCAAGAUGCACCUGAAGGUCCACACGGGAGAAAAGCUGUUUGCUUGUACGCACUGAGCUACCUCAGGAUACACCAGCAGAAAAAACAUUCCACUUUUGAGCAUAGAAAGUAACCAUUCCACUCGAUAGCUUCUGACGUUUAGAUCAAACCCUGCAUUAAGACUAAGACUAGCAUUGUUGUCUGCAGAAAAGAUCGACAGAUGCGUUUGGAAUAACGUCAGUAAAAGAAUCCGUGUUGAAUAUUCCUGGGUAGAAUAUUGCAUCCAGACAUUGUGUGAAAUAAGGCAUAUUUAAGCCUAAAAAGUCAAAUAAAAUUGUAUUUGUUACAUGCUUCAUAAACAACAGGUGUAGACUAACAAUGAAAUACUUACGGAUCCUUAUCCAACAAUGCAGAGUUAAAAAUGCAUUUUUAUAUAGUAAUUAGAGUAAAUAAUAGACAGAAUAACAAUAACGAGUAAAAAUAACAUGGCUACAGGGAGUAGCAGCACCGAGUCGAUGUGCAGGGGUACGAGGUAAUGGAAGUAGCUAUGUACAUAUAGUUAGGUACUAGGUCUUACAGAUAAUUAUGUGUGGGGCACAGAGAUGGGGUAGUCAUUUAAAAAUCAUGUUAAACACUAUUAUUGCACACAGUGUCCGUAUUAUGUGACUUGUUAAGCACAUUUUUUUGUCCUGAACUUAUCUAGGCUUGCCAUAACAAAAUGGUUGAAUACUUAUUGACAUUUAAACUUUUAAUUUUUCUAUCAUUUGUAAACAUUUCUAAAAACAUAAUACCCAUUGCCAUACCAAGCGGUGAGGCAGCCAGUCAAGAUGCUCUCAAUGGUGCAGCUGUAGAACUUUGAGGAUCUGAGGGGUCCAUGCCAAAUCUUUUCAUCCUCCUGAGGGUGAAGAGGCAUUGUCGUGCCCUCUUCACAACUGUGUUGGUGUGUUUGGACCAUGAUAGAUCCUUAGUGAUUUGGACACAGAGAAACUUGAAGCUCUCGACCUGCUCCACUACAGCCCAGUCAAUGUGAAUCGGGGCUUGCUCGGCAAUCCAUUUCCUGUAGUCCACGAUCAGCUCCUUUGUCUUCCCGACAUUGAGGGAGAAGUUGUUGUCCUGGCACGACACUGCAAGGUCUAUGACCUCCUCCCUAUAGGCUGCCUCCUUGUCAUCGGUGAUCAGGUGUACCACCAUCGUUUCGUCAGCAAACUUAAUGAGGGUGUUGGAGUAGUGCACGGAAGUUGUGGGUGAACAGAGAGUAAAGGAGGGGACUGAGCACGCACCCCUGAGGGGCCCCCGUGUUGAGAUCAGUGUGGCGGAUGUGUUGUUGCCUACCCUCCUGGUUGGGAUCUGCACGUACGGUCACUGUGGGGACGACAUUGUCAAUGCACUUAUUUAUGAAGCUGGUGAUCAAUGUGGUAAACUCUUCAAACAGUCCUGUAGGUUAGCAUUACCUUCAUCGUACCACUUCCAGUACCACUUGCACUUGUACUUCCCGUUUUGAGUUUUUGCUUGUGUGCAGGAAUCAGGAGGAUAGAGAGUAAUGGUCAGAUUUUCCAAAUGGAGGGUGAGGUUUGUGUUUCUGUGUGUGGCGUAAAGCUGAUCUAGAGUUUUUUUUCGCCUCUAGUUGCAUUAGGUAAAACGGAUAUCAGUUUCACUUCAUUAAAAUCACUGGCCACUAGGAGCGCCGCUUCUGGAUGAGCAUUUUCUUGUUUGCUUAUGGCCCUAUACAGUUUGCAUCGGUUUGUGCUGUUAAAUAGACAGCUACGAAAAAUAUAGAUGGAAAUUCUCUUGGUAAAUAGUAUGUUCUAUAGCUUAUCAUGAGGUAUUCUAGCUCAGGCUAGCAGCAUCUUGAGAUUUCCUUAAUAUUAGAGAUUGCGCACCAGCUGUUGUUAACAAAGACACACCUCCCCCCUGAGUUUACCCGAAGCUGCUGCUCUGUCCUGCCGAUGCAUAGAAAAACCAGCCAGAUGUAUACUAUCCAUGUCCUUGUUCAGCCAGGACUCAGAGAAACAUAGGAUAUUACAGUUAUUCAGGUCCCGUUGAUAUGAUAGACUCGAACAGAGCUCAUCCAGUUUGUACUCCAGUGAUUGUAUGUCCGCCAAUAGAACAGAGAGCGGAUGCGGUUUAUUCACUCGGCGACGCACAUCAGGGUGCCCGCAAGUCAGCCUGGCUUACGACGCCGCCUCUUUCUCCUCUAAGUCUCUGGGAUUAUGGCCAGGUCAGGUGUAAGCAAUAUGUCCCGUGCCGCCGACUCAUUGAAGUAGAAAUCUUCAUCAAAAUCAAGGUUAGUGAUCGCUGUUCUGAUGCCCAGAAAAGAUUUUAGAUCAUAGGAAAUAAUGGUGGAAACAUAAUGUACUAAAAAAGGUAAGAUCAGCUAAAAGAAAAACACAAAAUAGCUGAAUUGGUCAGGAGCCUGUAAAACGGCAGCGAUACAAUCCAGUAGGGCUGUAAUGGUAUUGUAUUCGUACACCUCGGUUCGGUCCGCACUGUGAACCCGAACGAAUAUAUAGGCCUAAUGGCUUCACAGUUGAUUAUAACUGCGAUGGACAGAGAUUGUGGAUAAAAAGUUAAUAGUACUGCUCAACUGGAAUAGCCUAUGCAGAGUGGCAGAUGUAGCUUGUUGGCCAAUCACAAGUCAUUAAAGCGACACUACAGUCAUAUAGUCUCCUUCUGUGGCUAAGUAACUCCUUACUUGCCACUGACAGAGGGCGACAUGGGGGUGGCGGAACAUAGCUGGUCGAGGAGGGCUCCCAGCUGACUUUGUUGACACUACUUGUCAAUCCUUCUUUCUGUAAAUAUGUUACCCAUAUUUAUUGAUGGCUGUUACAGAUUUCCCUUCCUGUGAGUUUUCUAACUCCAACCCAUCCCCCAGACUGUGCCAGAGAGACUUGGGGAUCAUAAACUGUCUCCCCCAAACUCCCAGUGACCUCUGCUACCAGGCCACCGAUAGGUUGCUAGGGGGCAGGACACCUGACAGUCCUUCUGCCUGCUCAGGUCAGAGCCUUCUUCGUCUCUCUUCAAGUGGACAAGACUGAUCUAUUGCAGGGACAGAAAAGCACAUCCAUCUCAUAUGUCCUCUGGAAAUAAAAGUUAUUUAGUGUGUGUAACUCUGUGGGGUUGCCUUAUUACUCUGACCGGGAAAAUCUACAGAGCGCAUCACAGGUACUUCCUGUUUGAGCUUCUGUUUGUAAACAGGAAGCAGGAGUGUAGAGUUAUCAUCUGAUUUGCAGAAGGGGAGACGAGGGAGGGCCUUGUACACUUGCUUGUGGGUUGAGUAACAGUGGUCUAGGACUUUAUCACCACGAGUGGCAAAGGACAAGUGUUGAUAGAAGUUGGGUAUGGGGAAUAUCUUGUCUGAAAGCCAUGUUUCAGAAAAAGAGAAUAUUGCAGUUACGAGAGUUUCGUUGGUAGCAAAUUCAUGAUUGGAGGUCAUCCAUCUUAUUAUCAAGUGACUGGCCAAUAGAAUCGAGGGAAGUGGUGGCCGGUUUUCCCUUCGCCUUAGUCUCACCAGGGCGCCCGCUCUCAUCCCUCUAGCCCGAAGAUUGUGUCUUAGGUACACAAAGAGCACUGGGCAGAUGAGUCAAAGUCCGGAUGUGAGGUUAAUAACUGCCAAUCUGAUGUUCAGAAGUUCUUGUCAAUCAUAAGAAAUGAUAGUGAAUACAUUUAGUGCAAAAAUGUAAUGAUUAACGCCAAAAUAAUCACAAAAUAGCUAAAUGAAGUUGGAGCUUGCAAGAUGGCAACCAUACAAUUCAGUACGGCACCAUCUUUCAUAUUUUGGGCCUUCUUUUGACACCGCCUGAUACAGAGGUCCUAGAUGACGGGGAGCUGGUCCCCAGUCUGUUACAUAUUGUGGUUGUACUGUGAAGGCUUUAUGAUGUUCUCAAAUGCCUAUUUCAUUACUCAACUACUUAAUUUUUUCCCAAGACACUUUUAAUGAGAAUUUAUGCAGUUCAUGGAGUUUUGUGUAGUUUUCACAUGUUGUAUUUAACUUGUUUAUGUUAAAUAAACACAAAAUGAAACUUUUCA